UUUCAGGCUAAUGUUAUCAUCUUAUAGUCACAACGUUGCGGCUGUUGUUCUCUCCGUCCUUCGAAUUUCCUAUUUGGUAACGCUCUCGGAAUUUCAAACCGAGCCCAUUAUUCAAUAUACGGAGAUAAAUUCACGAAUAUUAUCCUGUUUGUUUCGCUUGUACCCUGAGUAUUUCACGCUUAUGUCCUUGUAAGGAGGAUACAACGACGGAAAAGUAACUUUGAUGACCUUGAUUAGGAUACUAGAUCAGUUACAUAUCAGUUACAGUGGUGGCUCAUCUCAGUUAUUCAAACUAUACUCAUUGCUGCAUCACAACUUUACUGUAUACAACAUACUUUACUCUGUCGAAAUAAUGUUUUAAUUGAGAAUAUAGAGCAUGGAGGAACUUAUAACGAAUACAUCACGGAAGGGUCAAUAAUCACUAGUUACUAUAUUUCACAUAUGACCCAAGCCUCACCAGAUCCUGUAUUUAUCCUCCGAAAUUCUGACAAAAGUCCAAUAACAUGUCUAAAGUUUCUAACAUUUCCAUCUGGUACCUUCCUGUCUGCUGGAACUCAGAAUGGAGACAUCAGUCUCUGGGAUAUGAACUUAAAACGUGUGACACAGCAAGAAAAGAAGGCUCAUGAGGUUCGAGGUCUUCUUUGGAUUGACCAACUUAAAUGUUCAGGACAUGUAGUAACCACUGGUCGAGAUGGACAUCUUAUCUUUUGGGAUGCUGGAAAUGGUUGGCAGAAAAUAAAUGAAGUAGCAAAAUGUUCCAUUGGGUUCUGUCAAGGGUGUGUUAUUCCAGGAGAUUCUACCAACUCUCCCUUGAUUGCUGUACCCUCUCAAGAAGAAUCUCAAGUUAAUAUCAUUGACUCUGUUAAUCAACAAAAUGUGGCAUUCCUGAAACCAUCUGACCAUUUUGAAGGAAAUAAAUAUGGUAUGUGCAUGGACAUUGCUAAAAUGAAACAUAACCAAUCAGGACUCCUUAUUGGUUAUGAGAAUGGAUGUAUUGCUUUGUGGGAUAUCAGAGAAAGAAAAAUUAUUGACUGUAUUUCUUUGUAUGAAGAAAUGGUAACGUGUGUUUGUUGUAGUGAAUCUGGCCAUGGUUGGUCAGGAUCUGUAAAUGACAAACUAACUCAGUGGUCUGUUUGUCAAGAUAAUGGUUUCACUAAGUUGCCGGCUGUUCAGCUCACCAAUUCAGGCAUUAAUCAUAUGAAAUUAAGAAAUGACGAAAGAAUACUUGCAGUUGCAGGAUGGGAUUCAAACAUAAGAAUUUUGGGGACUAAAAAAGGGAAACCUCUUGCAGUUUUAAGUUACCAUAAAUUGAGUGUUAAGUGUGUUGCAUUUUCAGACAAUGACCUUCUUGCUGCUGGAUCCCAAGAUGGAUCCAUUAGUUUGUGGGAUAUCUAUAGGUAGAUAUGCUAAAAUUAAAUGUUUUGGUUAAACACAAGCAGACAUAACAGUUUCAUUAGAAGAUGGGAGGAUUACACAGAUUUUCAUGUCAGCAUUUUAGGAGUCUACUGAAUGAGUAAUGUGUAUGGAUUAUUAGGGAACAUUUUCACGACUGAAUUUUAUAGUUGACUAAGCUAACGGAGAAUGUUUGCAGUAAGACAGAAAGGAAAUUUCUCUAAGGUUACAAUAAAAUAUUUGUAAAGGUGUCUCAAGUGGUAACUUCUUUCAGGCAUCUUGUAAAUACAGAUUUUGCAUUCUUCCACUAAAUAAUGUGGGGCAAUAUUUCUGUGCAAGGUUGUCAGCAUUGGCAACUAUGUUGUGUUGUGGGCUGUGGUAAAAUAGAGUGAUGAAGGAGCUUGGUGAUAAGGUGUGUACUCAGAACAAGUGUAUUGACUUAAAAGAUAUAAUAAAUAACAUACUUUAAAACAAACAAUACUCAGAGAAAAUUCUGAAGCCAUGGAGAUACUGGCAAAUUUAAUUUUUCUUUUUAAAUAAGAAAAAAUAUAGAAAAUAAUAAAGAUUUUGUGAUGAUGAGAGAAUAAAUUGUCAUUGUCAUUGUCAUUUUUCUUUAAGCAAUAAAUCAGGCAAACUCCUGAUGUAAAAGAUAUCAAGUAUUGCUGAGUCAAAACUUUAUUGAAAUUUAAAGAUAGCAUUGAUCUAGUGGUGUAAGCAAAUGACUUAAAUCAGUGUUUAAUAUGUUUUGUGAAUACCAUCAAGUUUUAGAAGCAAACUUCGCCCCUACUCUGGGAAGCUGUGUUAAAAUGUUGCAGUAGUGUCUAUGAAGCUCUUUAACAUAAAAUCAUUCUAUCUCAUAACCCCCAAGGAUUUAAAAAAGACCCCCUCAAAAAUUAAAAGUCCUUACUAUAGGAACAACCCCAAAUGGCCUAUUUUUGAUGCAACUUUGAGUCACACAAAAUGACAAUUUAAAAAGCAAGGAAGAGAAUUAACAAACUCAUUUUAAACACCUCGGAAAACUCGAAAAAAAAACUUUUGACUAUAAUAAUAUUAACACAUGCACUAAGAUUCAUAAAGAUUACCAUUGGAAUAAAAGUAAAUUAUACUUCUAUAUUCUAUUGAAGAGAUUAACCUUAUCCUCUGUAUUCCCAUCCACAUAACAUUCUUAUCUUUUUUCAAAAUAUUGGGUUUCAAUGAUUUUUGUCUCCUCUGCUAUUGUCCUAAAGAACAGUUAGGUGUCCAUUUAGCCUCAUGUACAAUAAUGAGUUAACACUAUGACACCAGAAGACAGUGAAAUAUAAAGUACAGACAGAAAAUUAAGUCAACAGUUCCAUGAUCUUAGAAAUGCAGAUAUGUCAGCUAUAUUAUCAUAGAGAUAUAUAGUUAGGGAAUACACAACAGAGAGAACUAUGACAAGAAAUAUAGUUACACCAGAGAGAGUAACU